AUGGCAGCUUCGUAUAUCUCGUCUUUGGAACCCAAGCAAAGCUUUCACGCAACUUAUACCACCAAUGUCCGGCUGGGGGACGCGCUGCUUGACACCCACUGCACACUGCACGUCACACAUGUCUUUCCACCCGACGUCUUCGUCGAUCCAUAUGAGCUGGUGGACCAGCAAGCAGACUCUUAUUCUUUCAAUCUGACAGGGUUGCUAGAUGUUGAAUUGCCGGUCUCUGCAGUCUCACCAGAGGGCCAGACGCUUUCGCUUGACGUGACUACCAAGAAAGCCCGCACGGAAGGCUCGGUACUUUCAGUCCAAGUCCCCCUCCACGCACGAUACGGAAACCCGUCUCCAUCUGGCUACCAUGACAUUCCUAUCCCAUGGCCAGACGUAUUUUGGCGCUGCCACAUUACACACGAUAGCACUGACUCGUCCAUGAAAGACUCUUACACUGCAGCGUCCAUAAUCCCUAUACACCCGUCCCUCGACGCGCCCAACACACCCCGAGCAGAGACCCUGCGCAUCCCAGUAGCGAACCCGAACCACCUCCCGUACGUCGAAACCGGCACAGCAGCCGCGGUGCUCGCUGCCUUCCUCUUCCUGGUGUACACAUUUGUCACCGCCGCGCGGCGCAUGGCGUCCCAAUCCAAACCCGAACGAUACAAGAGUUGA